AUGUCCAAGCGAAGUACGCGCAAGCGCGUUCCCAUUCCUGCCCCCGUAUGCAGUCCUCCUCCUGAUUCUGAUCCCGUGGAGCACGAUGCGGAACUGGAUAAUAUAGAGCAAGACCUCCAAUCAGAUUCUCACUCCAAUACCGAAAACGAACUCGACGCCGCUGAACCGACACAUGACUCCCCAACGGGUGAACUUGACGAGCCUAUUAAUCUUAUGCCUGCUCGCGCUGCCACCCCUUCUGGUAUUCAUAUUAAACUUCCCUCUCGUGGCCGACAGCGUUCCAACACUCAGACGCCUAACGAGUGUCAUCGUAAGUGA